AUGAAAAGCCGCCCAGUGGUCAUUGUCGGUGCCGGUGUGAUUGGGUUGAAUGUUGCUUUGGUCCUUGCAGAGAAAGGUCAUGCGAAACGAACCACUAUCGUCGCUGAGCACCUUCCAGGUGAUACCUCUAUCAACUUUACAUCGCCAUGGGCUGGAGCAAACUUUUCCGCCAUCUCAGCAAGCGACAACAACGCAUUGCGCUGGGACCGUCUCGGAUAUAGACAUCUCCUAAAACUUGCCGCGGAAGACGGUGCAAAUGCAUUUGUUCAAGAAACCCCAUCGACCGAGUAUUGGGAUGAGAUGCCAUCUCGCGAAAAGAUUAACUCAAUGGCUGGCUAUCUGAAGAAUUUCAAAGAAAUCCCCACGCAUCAGCUUCCAAAUGGCGUUUCUUUCGGUAUCACAUUCAUCACAAUUACCAUCAACGCUCCCAUGCACAUUCGUUAUUUGCUCUUGAGACUUGUAAAGUAUGGAGUCCAGGUGAUUCGCAGAAAAGUCCCCAAUAUCUCUUCGGCUUUCCUUGGCAGUGACACCCAGGUAGUAUUCAACUGUACCGGAAACGCGGCAAAACACUUGGAGGGUGUGGCGGACUCAAAAUGCUAUCCGACUAGAGGGCAGAUUUUGCUUGCCAAGGCAAGUCAAGUUCAAAAAAACAUCAUGAGACACGGCAAGGACUAUGAGACCUAUAUUAUUCCACGGCCAUACUCGAAUGGGAACGUAGUUUUGGGUGGCUACAUGCAGAGAGGAUCUAGUACCGGUGAUACUUUCGGAUACGAGACGGAUUCCAUCCUGUCCCGUACCAAGGCAAUUCUCCCUGAGCUUGAAUCGCAUAACAUAGAGAUAUCUGGCGCCUUUGCGGGUCUGCGACCAUCUCGAGACGACGGAGCGCGUGUUGCUAAGGAGAAUUUGCCGUUUGAUGGUUCCGAAAAACAAGGCAUCAUUAUUCACAACUACGGUGCUGGUGGGACAGGAUUUCAGGCGGGGUAUGGAAUGGCGCUGGAUGCCGUUGAACUUGCGGCUGAUGUGCUGGAAAGCCUCUCUAAUGCUUCGCCUAAUGGGGUCAAGUCGUUAUUGUAG